AUGGCCGGGUUGGAGCAGCUGGAGAUUCAUAGCAAGUCGUACAUCGUUCGCUGGGUUAAGGUGGAUGAGGGGCAUACUAUUUCAUGGAGCGUUCAGCCGCAUAAGAAAUCCAUAAACUUUGGCAUAUUCAAACACCCAGGCACAAGCAAGGAUGGAAUCCCAACGGCAUCCCCAGCCCUCGAGGAAACAUCUAGUUCACUUCUCCCUACGGACGCUGCUGCCGACUCCCGCAGACGCCCUUCCAAUAUGCGGAAUGAUGCCUCGACGGCCCAGGAACAGCUGAGAGCGAAGGGCUUCCUUCCGAUCCAGUGGUACGGGAAAUGCGAGGCGGACAAAGUGUCCAUGGGGACCUAUGCUGUGACUGCAUAUAACGGAGGAAUGUAUGGUCUUGUGUUUGACAAUACCUUCUCGAAGCAGGUUUCCAAGACUGCGACGCUCGUCCUUCUGACUUACCCUACGAAUGCGCCUCCGCAUGCUACACAUCAUCAACAAGGAGCUCCGAGCUCUAUGGCUACGACUGGUAUCGGCAGCAUUGGGAAGAGUUCUAGCCCUAAAGUCGGUGCUGUGACUUCUGAGUCUGUGGAAAGUCUACAGAGUCAAAGCAGAGGAAAUUCACUUGCUGGACUGGACAGCGACAAUGGAUCACCAACAUAUCAUGUAGGCGUUCUAUCCAAGAGACGGCGGAAACGUGGACAAGGCUAUGCUCGCAGGUUCUUCUCUCUGGACUUCGCAUCUUGCACGUUAUCAUAUUACUACAACCGAAAUUGCUCUGCUCUUCGUGGAGCUAUUCCUUUGAGCUUGGCUGCUAUCGCUGCGGAUGAAAGACGGAGAGAAAUUAGUAUCGAUUCUGGAGCAGAGAUUUGGCAUCUGAAGGCUAGUACAGCCAAGGAUUUCGAAGAUUGGACGAGAGCUCUGGAAAUGGCAAGCCAUAGUGCCCGAACAGGAGUUGCUGAGCCCGAGCUGGUGUCCGCUCCCGACCACCUAAGAGCUCGAACGUCUGGCCUGCCUAAUAUUGUUUCAAAUCAAGCUGAUGAUCGAGACUGGGAUCAGAUAGAGACGCUCGUGAGUAGGAUCGUUGGUACUCGAGAUGCUGUCAGGAGACUUUGCAAGGACACUGCGCCAGGCGCUGCCGCUGGGAAAAAGAACGCCUUGCAAGGAUUGGGACUUUCCGCUCUGAGCCCAAAUGCCGACGAUGGAUCUGAUUAUUUCGGAUUGGCUGCAGUCCCUGAGAAGAGGCCGUUUUGGAAGCGGAAACCUAGCGCUCCUACAACGCCGCGAACGUGCCCCACGGGUCUUACUUCCCAACUUGCCGUACCUUCUCAGUCUCCCCUGACCACAGUCAUUUCCAACGGGACACCUGAGCUAAAAUCUAGGAAUUCUCUGGCUAGAGAGGAGCCCAGUCUGCAUGAAAAUUGCACCGCGCUAAUGAACGACCUCGAUGCUGUUGUUAAUGACUUCUCUACACUCUUGAGUAACAGUAAACGCCGCAGAAUGCAAGCUCCGCCGUCGGCCUCGAGGAACAGUGUAGACUCUACAUCCACGGCAGAGUUCUUCGAUGCAGAGCCUGGCGAUUUGGAUCGUUCUCAGGUGGUCCUCAUCGAUCGGCGAAGUGAUGAAGAUGCCCAGCCAUCAGAAGCAGAUGACGAUUUCAUUACCGAUGCGUCGUCUCUUUCUUCGGAGGAGGAAGAGAAUUCGACCCACCUGAAUGGCAAAGCGGCUCUGUUCCCAGUGAGACCCAAGAUGCUGGAUCCUCUACCUAUCUCAACCACAGUCACACGGAGGAAGACUGUCCCUGUAGCGACAGUAAUGCCACCCAGCUUAAUCACGUUUCUUCGCAAGAACGUAGGUAAGGACUUGAGUACAAUCAGCAUGCCCGUCAGCGCCAACGAGCCUCUUUCGCUGCUCCAACGUGUUGCCGAACAGAUGGAGUAUGCGCCACUCCUCAACGCGGCCGUGUCCCAAAAGGCUUCAACUCAGCGCCUCUUACACGUCACUGCGUUUGCUGUCUCUCAGUUCAGCAUGAAUCGUGCUAAAGAGCGUGCUAUCCGAAAGCCUUUCAACCCUAUGCUGGGGGAGACUUUUGAGCUAGUUAGGUCGGAAAGUGAGGUCCCCGGUGGGCUAAGAAUCCUGGUCGAGAAGGUCUCCCAUCGCCCGGUGCGCAUAGCCUGUCAAGCCGACUCUGCGAGCUGGUCAUUUACGCAAUCCCCUGCACCAACACAAAAGUUCUGGGGGAAAAGCGCAGAGCUUAUCACAGAAGGCCGGGCGAGACUUGUGUUACACCUACCUGACGGCAGCGACGAGCUCUACAGCUGGAACACUGCUACUGCAUUCCUGCGCAAUGUGGUCGUCGGCGAGAAAUAUGUUGAGCCUGUUGGAAACAUGACUGUGAUGAACGAAACUGCCGGUAGCAAAGCGAUUGUGGAGUUCAAGCAAAAGGGCAUGUUUGGAGGUCGUAGUGAGGAAGUCCAGGUUGCUUCUUACAAUGCGGAUGGCUCAUCAACGGGUCUUGGUAUGGUAGGGAAUUGGACAUCGAAUCUACAGGUUACGGAAGGUGGGAAGGCGAAAGGCCCUCGGAUCUGGCAAGUGGGCGACUUGGUUGAUAACGCUCCGAGCCGCUAUGGUUUUACAGUUUUCGCUGCCAGCUUGAACGAGAUUACGGGGUUGGAGAAGGGCAAAUUGCCUCCCACGGACAGUCGGCUACGACCUGAUCAGAGGGCAGCUGAAGAAGGCAAUUUGGACCUGGCGGAGAAGUUGAAGGCGACCCUGGAGGAGAGCCAGCGAUCUCGAAGAGCGGGGAUGGAGGAGAGCGGUGUUGUGUAUAAGCCCCGAUGGUUUACAAAAGUUGAGGAUGGGGAUGGGGGCGAGGAAGUGUGGAGGUUGAAGGGUGGGAAAGAGGGUUAUUGGGAAGAGAGGACCAAGGGGCAGUGGACUGGUGUUGAAGAUAUCCUUGCUGUGUGA